CAUGCAUUUUCUCACUCCAAAAAGAGAGAAGCAAAAUAAUAAUUUUGAUUUUCUCUGUAUAUUAUUUUAUGAUGAGUAGAACUCACUUCUGCUUUCUGUUCGGAUUGAGGGCUGAAGCCAAAUUCUCCAACUGAAGUCCCAGAAGAGAGCAAGUUCUUAGCAAAUCAACAAGAAAUGGAGUCCUUCAACUUUCACGACAUAAGAGUCGAGAAAGCGAACGCGAUUUCAAGGUUUUCCACGCAGUUUGCGCUGUCACUCAGGCUGUCCGGGGAGUACUUCCGGCGAAUCUCCGUGGCGAUUAUCAGCCCCAGAUUUGUUUUCUUAGUCGGGAACGCGAUCGUAAUCGCUUUGUUUUUGAAAUCGGGGCGAUUUUCCGGAGGAGAUCGGGAAAAAGUCGCGGAUUUUUACGAGGAGUACGUGGAAAAAUGUAGGAAGAAUCAGCAAGCUUGCAGCAGCAAAGAGGAGAAAAAAGCAUCGGAUGCUCACAAAUCACACGGAGUUCGUCACGUAGAAAAGACGAUGCACAGGAGCAAUUCCGAGAACCUAGAGAGAUGCGAGCAGGCGAACAUUCGCCACCGCGAACUACGGCGAAGCAUGACGGAGGAUUGCCGGAAAAUUCAGGAUCCGGAGCGGAAGACGGAGAGGGCUGGCAGUUAUUCGUACGCAGAGGAAGAAAUGAGCAACGAAGAAUUCCGACGAACAGUGGAGGCGUUCAUUGCUCGGCAGCAGAAGUUUUUGAGGGAAGAAGAAGGAUUUUCAGCUGCGGUUUCGUUGAUUCAAUCUUGAACUGCUGAUAUAGAUCGAUCCUUGUUUCCACUGUAUCCGCCCGCUCUUCACACCUUUUCUCGUAGCUAGGUUAUCAGAAUCCUUCCUCACGGGGCCUUUUACUUUCCCCUGAUAAAUUAGAGUUAAAACGGAUGACUGCUUCAAUUUAGUUAAAAUCAUGCUCAUGCUAUGACAUGUACAUCACCUUUUUUCUUUCUUUUUUCUUUUCCUUUUUUGGGACAAAAUAUAAAAUGUACAUGUUUUAUUUGGAGAUCUAUGGCAUGGAAAAAUUAUGUUAUAUUUUA